AUGAUGAAGCCACAUUCAUGUAAACCAAGUUCAGCUACUUCUACUCAACUUUCCAUGCACAAACACUCACGGGAGAUAUCAAAGCUCCAGCCAAAGAUUCGUAUAAUUCACAUAUAUGCACCAGAAGUCAUAAAGACAGAACCUGCAAAUUUUCGAGAGCUUGUUCAGAGACUCACGGGAAAACCUGCAGAGAUGAUGAAGAGUAAUAGGAACAGUACUACAUGUUCAACAACAAGAAGCCCACCAACCAAAAAUAUAAUGAGUUUCUACAGGGAGCCAAGCUGCAGCACCAUAGAAAUGCAUGAUGCUUUUGCCAAUUUGCAAAAUGGGGUGAGAAUAAAGGAGGAAGAUGAAGAAGAAUUUUGGAGAAAUGAAAACUUAAAUGGCUUCUUUGAUGGUUUCUCUGACUUGGAUGGUUUCAUUGAAGAGUUAAUUUAA